AUGAACUCAAUUAGCAGACUUUGCCAUUUUCAUGGUGGUCUUUUGACUGCCAAGAACAGCCUUCGCCUGCAGGCCCUGGCUUUGCGUGAAUUCAAGACUGGAGUGUCCCCCCUCAGGGCUUCGAUGCGCUCCAGGAUGGCUAGAAUUCGUCAACAGGCAGAAAACAGAACGCCAUUUUCUCAGACACAGUCUAUUUUUUCUAAAACCCUUCACUUUUCAGAACGUAAAUGUAUUCACAGAAAUAUGCCAAGCCAAGUUCCCGUGACCAGUGGAACCCUCAAACCUGUUAUCAUGCCUAUUUGUUCGAGACAUUUGAGCACCACAUUCCCAUUCACAGCCAUUGACGCGGGCCGCGCUGUGCUGCUGGGUGGCGCGGCACUGGGUCUCGGCGGUCUGUGUCUCUACGGCGUCUACGGCGCGGGGUCCGGCUCCAGCAGCCUCUCGGCCCUUGACCGCGCCGCUGUCUGGCCCGACUACGUGCGCCAGCGCAUCCACUCGGUGUACGCCUACCUGGGCGGUGGCGCGGCUGUUGCCGGCGCCUCGGCUGUCGCUCUCGUGCGCUCACCCGCGUUCAUCCGUGUCAUGGCUGGCGGUGGACUGCUCGCGCCCCUGGCUAUGCUCGCCGCCAGCAUCGGUGCUGGCGUUGUUUGCCAGGCAAGUCUCUUCAUUGCUCUGUUGGUUGUCCGAAGUUCGUGGUGCAUCUUCUUGAGGCACGCCAAGCCGAAAAUUAGCCACACUUUGGCAGCUCGUUCAGUUUAUCACGCGCAAGUUUACCCUGAGGGUUUUAAAGUGCGUGUGCAGGUCGGUCGCAGGUGGAUGAUACCAUACCCCGUCGACGGCAGCAAGUUCAACACUAAGCACCUCGCGUGGCUGGUGUACGCCGCGAGCCUCGGCGGCAUUCUCGCGCCGAUUUGCCUAGUCGGCGGACCGAUACUCACCCGGGCUGCUCUCUACACCGGCGGCAUCGUGGGCGGCCUCUCCGCUGUGGCCAUAUCUGCCCCGUCGGAUCGUUUUCUCACGUGGGGUGGACCUCUCGCUAUCGGCCUCGGCGUUGUCUUUGUCUCGUCGCUCGGCAGCAUGUUUCUCUCACCAAUGGGUCGUUUGGGCGCCGGUCUCUAUGGCAUCAGUCUGUACGGGGGGCUCGUGCUCUUCUCUGGCUUCAUGCUCUACGACACACAGAUGGUGAUUCGCCGCGCGGAACAGCAUCCUCCGCCGAACCGCAUGAUCUACGGAUCCCCCGGCUUGGCUACCAGGCCCUUCGAUCCAAUUAACAACUCAAUUAAAAUCCUUUUGGAUACGGUCAACAUUUUUGUACGGAUGGUUGCCAUUUUCGCAGGCGGCAACAGCCGCAGGAAGUGA